AUGCUGAAACGAAAGCCACAGGACCUCCAGGUCCCAGUACCAAACUUCCCAUUAUCAUCGCCGAUCAGCGAGGAGAUCUCCAGUCCAUCAUGCUCUUCGGAAGAUCAGGAAGAAAGAGACCGACCCUUUGCACGUCUAUCCAAGGCAGCACGACAAAAGCUCGAGGCGAAGUCCACCAAAGAUGGAAACCGCUCGCCCAUAAUCUCCCACCGCGAAGCCUCGAGAGUAAAUAUCCGCGUCACCAAGAAACGUAAAAGUGUUGCCAAACCACUUGGGCUGAACCUCGUUACGGAUUUCACGCUGGCACCGGUGCCAACACCGAGAAAACAGUCGAAUCCGGCACCAAAUGCGGCUGCGCCAUUCGUUGAUCUAAAUGAUCUCAAGCUCCUCUCCAAAGUACGAGAGAAGGAACGCUCCGCUCAAAAGUCAAAGGAUAUCUUCAAGAAGAGGGUUUCGCGGGGUUUUCACAGGUUACCUGAGACGGUACAGAGUCAGAACCACAACCAGAAUGGGACUGGAAUCUCGUUCCUUACUCCCAGAGAUGAAGAUCCAUUCCACGAUAGAAACGAGCAUGGAAUCUCGCCCUCGGACCGCCAUGUCAUGAUCGGACUCACUGUGCCUCGCAACGAGUCAGUUGAAAGAUUACAAGACCCCGACAGCGCAGGCACGCCGCUCACACCAUCAAUUAUCGUCACCCCAGCUCCAUGGGACACACCCUCGAACUCGAGCACCGAGUUGCUCCGACCAAGAGCAACAUCCAGUGUCUACUCGCAACCAACACCCCGCCUCUGGCAACAUGAAACAGAUGUACCACCCGUGCCAGCAAUUCCCGCACAGCACACAAAUGCCACCAAAGCUCCCGCCACAGAGGCUGCUUAUCACAACACCCUGGGCGUACAAAGAAACACCCGCGGCCUCUCCACGGCCUCAAUCUGGGAAGAUGAUAGUCCACCCCGAACACCAGACACCGCACGCUCAACUCCAAAGGAACAUCAACAAGGUCGACUCAGCGUCAACACCCAAGCAGACGAAGACAGACCCCAAUCACAAGGCUGGUGGACAUACAUCCUCUCCCCUCUGCUGAACCGGUCCAUAAAAUCCCCACUCAGCCCAUCAUUCCCUCAAGACUCACCAUCCACCCCGUCUCCAACUACAACCAGAACCCGCAUCCAGCCAAGAGAAUGGAUCCAGCGCGAGAAAGAGGUCUCCUGCUUCUCUCCAGAUACACCGGAGACAGCAGCACCGAUGGGCGAAAAAGCAUUUGAGCUAUCUCGCUCAUUUGAACAAGAUCAAGACCAAGGUCCCGAACGCCAUCAAUCCCCGCCACCCGCAUACGUCUCGAAUGUCUCCAGUAGACAAAAUACCAUGUCCUUCAUGUUCGGCAACAACCAGACAAUCCAGGGCGAAGCAGCUGAAUAUUAUCAAGCUUGUGCGCACGAGUUAUUCAGCAAGACGCCGUACUUCGAGUGCAUCAACCAUAUCUGCUCAAUAACGCCUCAAAACCCUGUCGCGAUGCCCGCAGGAGCCACUGCAGAUGGUAAUCGGGGCUUGGCGGUUGGUGGACUGGAGGAGUCUGGACAAUCUGGCAUUGAGGGGGCGCGUGAUAAUCAAACAAUAGCUCCAUCGGCAACAUCGACUAAGAAUACUGGUCUGCUUAUUGAUAUGGACUCGCCUCGUCCGGAGACAACAGCGGGGACGCUCCCGGCUGGGUAUGCUGUUCGUGCAAAGGAGGUGCAGGUACUAUCGCCAUCGUCGGAGUUCAGUUCUCAUACUUGGGACACGUCUGUCGUUGAUGAGAGUGAGAGGGGUUCGGUGGCACAUGGUGCUAGGGGUGGUGUUUCUGAAUCUCGGUCUCAACGCACUGGUUCACCUCCUCUUCCUCCUAUUCCUGCUGCACCACCCACCGAGGCAGUCGAUAGACAGGUCUUGGAAUCACCUGCGCCUGCGCCUGCGCCAGCUCCUAUUCCUAUGCCAGAGCCUGCUCCUGCUCCUGCUCCGCAUAUAACUAAUAAUUUCCAUUACACCCAGCCUGAGCCUCAACCUGCGGUGCAGCCUGUGCAGCCGGUGGUGCAAUAUGUGCCUGUAUUUACUCAGCAACAGCCAAUGGAGCCGAUAAUGCAACAGCCGCAAGCGCAGGAAGCUUCGCGGGAAGUCUUAGAGCCGCCGGCCCAACAAGCCCCUCAAGUACUAACGCCGAGGACGGAAUGGCCUUGGGGAAAUCGGGGACAGCCGCAAGAGCAACCACAGACUCAACAGCCAGCUACACAAGGACACAUAUCGGGGUUCGAGUGGGCGUAUGUCCAACAGGGACAACCGAAAGAACUUCCUGUUACAGAAACAACGCCCCAGGGAUCGCAGGUGCUACAUAGACAGGCCUCUCAGACACGACAGCCGGCUGAUGGUCAUGCAAACCUGCCCCGAGGGCCACUUGUUAUCCAAGGACGGCAAUCUGGAUCUGGAUGGCCGUUUAGUCUAACCGCACAUCCUCAUUCAAACGCACCCCCUGUGCCGCCUGUGCCACAAGCUCACCGCACUGGACCAGAGGUUCAGCAACAGGAAGAACAGGAUCAAUAUUCCGGUGCUCAGGAUCGGCAGCAUGGAUCUGGGGAGCCGCAAGCAGAACGGGGACUGUCUCAAGGGUCUGAACUUGCUCCUCGAGGACAUGUACAAGCUUCAGAGCCUAUCUCGCCAGGUUUCCAACGUGCAGCUGGUGGACCUGGCUCCAUUCCAAUGUCGGAUAUGCAGGCACCAGCCCCUGCUUAUUCGCAAUUUCCUCGCGACGCUGCUCUACCGCCUCGUUAUGAUAUCCAACCACGGUAUGAUAACGAUCCCACUGCUGGAGUUUCGAGUGUCAACCCAAGCGGCGAGAUAGGACCACAUGAGGCCCGACGCCGCAGAUUAGAAAAGGAAGAAGCGACUGGCCGAAGGGUUUGCAGUCUCUGGCGUGGCCGGGGUCCAUUCAGCAAGAAAACAGGACGUCCAGGACGCGAGGGUCGUACUCGACGGAGAUGGUAUUUCGUGAUCUGCAUUUUCUUCUUCAUUAUCGUGAUCCUAGCCACCAUCCUGGCGGUCACGCUGACAAGAAAAGGAGACGAAACUCCUGUUCAAUCGCGGUGGUUGAACCUCACAGGCUACCCACCCAUGCCCACUGGAAUUGCAACACUCGCUGGGACAGAGCCACAGCUUGAAAAGUCGACAUGUAUCACACCUUCUUCGAUGUGGAGCUGCGCUUUGCCAAAGGACCAGCAAGAUGCAAAUAAGCCGUACAACGCGAACCAGCCCAAUUUCCGUGUUUCUAUCCGCUUCCGCAAUGGCACAUACGAUAAUAGCACCGCUGUCGGCUCAAAGCUACGUAUCAGAAGCGACGACCUUUUCGAUCCAUCGCCUGCAGCCCCAAGAGACGCAGAGCAGGACUUCCUCGGCCAGUACACAGACAACAAUACCGCCCCCUACGCCGGCGAGGAAACACCCUUCUACAUGUCCCUCCUCUCGCCGGUCUCCCUCUCGUCAGCAAGCAUCUACCGCCGUUCCUCCCCCUCCAACGGCACCGCAUACCCCAACAUCUCAUCCAUAAUCCCCGCACCGGAAGAAAACGCAGACGGAACCCCAUCCGCAGCAAUGCUCUACCCCCUCCCCUCAUCUCAACCAAUCCGUCUCUACAACCGCGGCCUGGAAACAGAGCACUACGGUUUCUACAGCUACUUCGACAAAUCCAUCUUCCUAACCUCGCAAACCAAACCCUCCCCGGCAGACACAAAUGGCGGGACCUCAAAAUCCGACGCAAAAUACCGAUGCACAUGGUCCCAGACCCGUCUCCUCGUCCAAAUUUGGACCCAACCAGAUAAAAUCGGUCGUCAUCUCCUCUCCCCUAACAACGCAACCUCAACCACCUCCGCACCAACGUCAACAUAUACACCAACAUCAUCUUCCGCAACGGACUUCUCCCGUCCAGGCUCAUUCCCAUACCCGGUAACAAUAACAAUAGACCGGCACGGCGGCGCCGAGAAAAAGAAAAUGGUCUACUGCUACCCCAUCGAAGACGACGGACAUUACAACAUCACGUCCGUACAGCUCCAGCUCGAAGACCGCGCUGUGGGCGGUGAUCUUGUUAAUCCCGCCUCAGGUCUUUUCAAGGGUCUCGGGACGAAGAAUGCCACCAUUGAAGAAGCGGGCGGCGUUGAUGGCGGUGGUGGGGGGUGUGGAUGUCAAUGGGUGAAUUGGAUUUCGAGUAAAUGA